GCAACCGGCCUAGCGCCGCCCGCGCCACCCACGGCACCCACGCCUAUUCUUACUUCUCCUGGCCGGCUUGCGCUACUUGCGCUAUCCCGCUCUCGACUCUAGCCGCGCCGCUAGGCCUCUUUGGGGCGCGUCGCCAUCUCCACGCGGAGCUUCACGCCCGUGACUGCCUCAGACAGCAAAAGCAGCUGCUCGGGCAAGCCUGGGCGUGCUGACUCUUGAUCCGCCAUCAUGAUGGGCUACGGCGGCCAUCCCUUCCAGCAGAACCCCUCGCCCUCCAUGGCCGCUGCCAGUCUACAGAAUAAUCCGCUGGUGCGGGGCCGGUCCGCGCAGCAGUCGCCGCAACAGCAGCAUCAGCCGCAAUCGCUCCCGCAACAACACCAGCAGCAGCAGCAGCAACAGCAACACCAGCAGCGUCAGCAGCCCUCGCCGGCUCUGAAUGCGACGGCUCGAAUUCCAGAUGUAAUGGGCACAGCCGCGACCGCGAGGUCGAUGAUCGCGCAGUCUCCUCGGCAGAUGCCGUCGCCAGACUUGUUCCCGGGUUCGGGCCAGUACGGUGCCUUUGCCGGUCAUUAUGCGGGCCAGGGCUCGCCGGAUCUGAUGGGACGGAAUACACAGUCUACUGCUCAGUUGAAGGACCCAUAUCUGUCGCUACAGCAGAGCCUGAACCGUUCCAUGAACCCCAUGGCCAAUUUCAGACCGCAUCCCUCCAUGACCCCGCAGGCGGCCAUGGCGAUGGGUGUGUCAUCGCCUCAGGCUCUGCCGCAGCCGUUGCCUCAGUCAUUGGACAACCGGAGCUUCCAGCAGCAGUUGCAAUCGAGAGAUCCGAUGCAACGAAAUAAUUUUAUGGCGGUUAGUGCAAAUCAGCAGCAGCAGCAACAGCAACAGCAACAGCAAGCUCAACCGCUAUUACAAAAAGUGCCUCAGCAGCAGCAGGCGCCAAAUUUCAUCACUAUCAACCACCACAGCAAGCAAACCGGCAGCCACUCCCGCAACUCCAGCAUCAAAUAUGGAUCGUGCUCUCUCCAUCUCAGCCCACAAACCAAACUCUCUCACAACAAGAGCAGCAGCAGCAGCAGCAGCAGCAGCAGCAGCAACCACAACAACACCAGGCUUCGUCCACACCGUCUACCCUGAACGGGGUUGCUCCCGUUCAGGACAUCCCAGAGGCCAAGAAUGAGCCCAAAAAGAAACGAUCACGGCAAUCAAAGGCUGCCAAGGCAGCAGCUUCUAACCCAACGCCAGUAGCGACCGCAGAUGCUGCUGGUGCCCCUCCGAUAGCUUCAACCCCACGCCGGCGAGGACGACCGAAAAAGAUAGAGACAAAUCCGGAUGGCAGCGAACGACCCAAACCGAAACCUAAGAAGCCCAGGCCAAUAGACCCGGUCAC